AUGGCUACAGCUGCAAAGAAAAUUAAAUUGUCUUCAUCAUCAUCAAGUGAUGAAAACAAAACAAGCAUUACAGAUUUUAUGAACGAGAUACAAAAGAAACGGGAGGAUACAGCGGAAUCAAUUUUAAACUUUGAUUUUAAUAAAAAACGUGUGCGUAUUAUUUCUCAAGAACAGCUGGUGCCAGACUAUUGCGAAGGCAUUGUUUACUGGAUGUCCAGGGACAGUAGAGUUCAGGAUAAUUGGGCAUUUCUAUUCGCACAAAAACUAGCCCUUAAAAACGAAGUUCCGCUUCAUGUAUGUUUUUGUUUGAUUGCAAAAUAUUUGGAUGCCUCAGUGAGACAGUUUCAUUUUUUAAUUAAAGGCUUAGAAAAAGUUGCUGCAGAAUGUAAGAAAUUAAAUAUAUCAUUUCACUUGCUGGAAGGAAGUGGUGCUGAUGCUCUGCCACAGUGGAUCAUAGACCACAACAUUGGGGCAGUAGUUUGUGAUUUCAAUCCGCUUAGAACACCAAUGGGUUGGUUGGAAGGCGCUAAAAAGAAAUUCAAGAAAGAUGUCCCUCUAAUACAGGUAGAUGCCCACAAUGUUGUACCUUGCUGGGUUGCCUCUGACAAACAGGAGUAUUCUGCUAGAACCAUUAGGAGUAAAAUAAACUCCAAGUUGGAUGAAUACCUAACAGAAUUUCCACCAGUGAUUAAGCACCCAUACACAAGUAAAUUUGAACCAGAGCCCAUAGACUGGGACAAAGCAAUUGAAACUCGAGAAGCUGACAAGACAGUAGGACCUGUGGAGUGGGCUAGUCCAGGUUAUGAUGAAGCUAUGAAGACCUUAAAGUCGUUUCUGGACAAGAGAUUAAAGAUUUUCGCUUCGAAACGAAAUGACCCAACUCAAGACGCACUAAGCAAUUUGUCGCCUUGGUAUCACUUUGGUCAAAUUUCAGUUCAACGGGUUGCACUUUGCGUUCAAAAGUACAAAAAACAAUAUACGGAGAGUGUGAAUGCUUACUUAGAAGAAGCCAUCGUGCGUCGAGAGCUGGCUGACAACUUCUGCUUUUAUUGCGAACAUUACGACAGCAUAAAAGGCGCUAGUAAUUGGGCACAAAAGACUCUCGAUGACCACAGAAAAGACAAAAGAACACAUAUUUACACAUUAGAACAGUUGGCUAAUGCAGAAACCCAUGAUGACCUGUGGAAUUCAGCACAGCUGCAGAUGGUGAAAGAGGGCAAGAUGCACGGAUUCCUCCGCAUGUAUUGGUGCAAAAAGAUUCUGGAAUGGACUCCGAGUCCAGAAGACGCACUGAAAUACGCAAUAUAUUUAAAUGACCAUUAUAGUAUAGAUGGCAGAGACCCAAACGGAUAUGUUGGAUGUAUGUGGUCGAUCUGUGGUAUCCACGACCAGGGUUGGGCUGAGAGAGCCGUUUUCGGGAAAGUGAGGUACAUGAAUUACGACGGUUGCAAACGGAAGUUCGACGUCAACGCCUUCGUCGCUCGCUACGGGGGAAAGAAGCACAAGUAUGUUGCAAAGAAGUAA